CGCGUGCCGUGUCCUCCUGCGCGCUCCCGCCUGCUGAUUGAGGCUCCGGUUCUCCGGUCAGUUCUCCGGUUCGGCGAUGGCGAGCGCGGGGCAAAAAGUAGUGCUGAUCACCGGCUGCUCCUCCGGCAUCGGGCUCGGGAUCGCCGUGAUGCUCGCCAGAGACAAGCAGCAGCGCUAUUACGUCAUUGCUACGAUGCGUGACCUGAAGCGUCAGGAUAAGCUGGUGUGUGCUGCGGGAGACACUUACGGGAAAACACUGACGGUGUGCACACUGGACGUCUGCAGCAACGAGUCCGUCAGACAGUGUGUUGACAGCGUCAAAGACCGACAUAUAGACAUUCUGAUCAAUAACGCUGGCGUGGGUCUGGUGGGCCCGGUGGAGGGUCUCAGUCUGGAUGAUAUGAUGAAGGUGUUCGAGACUAACUUCUUCGGUGCGGUGCGCAUGAUUAAAGAGGUGAUGCCGGACAUGAAGAAGCGGCGCUCAGGACAUAUCAUCGUCAUCAGCAGCGUGAUGGGCCUGCAGGGUGUGGCCUUUAAUGACGUUUACGCCGCGUCGAAGUUCGCCAUCGAGGGCUUCUGUGAGAGUCUGGCCGUGCAGCUUCUCAAGUUCAACGUCACCAUGUCGAUGAUCGAGCCCGGGCCUGUACACACUGAGUUUGAGAUGAAGAUGUAUGAUGACGUCUCCAAGAAGGAGUAUCCCAACACUGACCCAGAGACGAUGCACCACUUCAGGACCUGCUAUCUGCCCACCUCAGUCAACAUUUUCCAGGGCCUGGGACAAACGCCAGAGGACAUCGCCAAGGUCACGAAGAAGGUGAUCGAGUCUCCGCGUCCGCCGUUCCGCAGCCUGACCAACCCUCUGUACACACCCAUCGUGGCGCUGAAGUACGCAGACGACUCCGGCGACCUGUCCUUACACACCUUCUACCACAUGCUGUACAACCUGGGCGGAGUCAUGCACGUCAGCGUGAGGAUCAUGAAGGUGCUGAGCUUCAGCUGUAUGAGGAGACGAGCCGUAUCCCCUGACUAACACACACACACACACUCACCUGUGGAUGCUGGAGGAGAGAGCUGUAUCACCCGACUAACACACACACACACACACAUCUGUGGAUGCUGGAGGGUACGAGCCGUAUCCCCUGACUAACACACACACACAAACACACACACCCACUCACACACACACCUGAGGAUGCUGGAGGAGGUGAGCUGUAUCCCCUGACUAACAGACACAGUUUCAUAUAGUAUAUGAAGCACUAUAUUAGUGUAUAUUUUAAGCAGAUGAGACUUAGGACCAGAUGAUUUAUAAAGUCUGUGUGAAAUCUAAAUUCACAAUAUAUAUUUGCUAGAGCAUAUUAGCUGUGUUUCCAUCCAAAGAUGUGAAUUAGACAUUAUUAAACUGAAAUAUCUGCUCAUCAUCAGUGAUAAAUCAGCAUCUCCCUGAGUGCUGCACAGUAGAGCAUCAUCUCCUCAGCUGACUGAAUUCAGUAAACGUGUUCUCAUUGUCGUUUAUACACAUUUUCUAUUGGAUAAACGUUGAUGCUACUCUGUUGUGUGCAUAAUCUUUUUUGAAUGUGCAUUUUGGCGUUUCCAGCAAGCAUUUUUAAUGCACAUAUCCAAAAUGAGCAUAAACAUGAGAGGAUGGAAACAGCUGAUGUUGUUCUGCAGGUUAACGAUGAGCACAAGUGAAUCCACUGAAACUGAAAUGUUCGCUUUGGUUAUCUUCAACCUGAGCAUCUGCUUGGAUUUGCUUUGUGACGUCAGCUUGACUACAGAAAAAAUAUUCGUAGCCACGCCCCCUUACCACUAGUUUACUACGACUCCGCCCCCAACUCAAUAACAUUCCAUUUGGAAAUAUGUCAGCAUAAUGAAGCAAACAUCUCAGCAACUCCUGAUUCACUUUAAAGUCAAACUCAUGUUCCUGUCAUAUAAAGCUGUUGAUAAGCUCAGUGAGACUUCAUAAAGCUGAGGAAGACUGUCUAGUGAAGCAGCAGUAGAUCCUGAAGAACAGCGUGAUAAACAGCUGAUCUGUAGAACUGUCAAUACAUCAAAUCAACAUGAAGACAAAUAAAGACGACUUGGCUUGAA